UUCUCCUGGCUUGAUAUUUAGACCCCCGCUCUUUUAUUAUUAUCCACGCUCCUUCUCGUUUUUGGUCUGGGCUUCUGGGUGGCUCGGCACUGGCCAAUGGAGGCGGCGGCGGCGGCGGGAUCGGAGGCUCCGCCACCACCGGCGCCGCGGUCGCCGCCAGGGUACCCAGACCUGUGCGGGCGGCACCGGUUGCAGGUGGAGGUCCAGAUCUUGAACUGGGAGAUCGGAUUUCUUGGGCAGGAAGAGUUGGAAUCACUUGAAGGACUUCAGUCUGUCUCUGGAUACUGCAAAGAGGUCAAUGAAUAUGUGGGUUCACAUGCGGAUCCAUUAGUACCGCUAACUAAGAAGAGACGCAAAUCCUGCCGCAUUUGGAGGUGGCUUUGGGCAAAGCUUUGUUUCAACAUGUCAUGGAUUUGCUGCUUCUGUGGGUGCCCAUGCCCGCAGAGAAGACCAAUCUGCACUUGUAGGCAUGUAAAAAACUGCUGUUGCCGCUGCCGCCAUUGUGGAUGUCCCAACAAAAACUGUUGGAAAGCUUCUUGUUGCAGACCAUGUUGCAGCCUUCGAAGCCUCUCAUGCCCUGAAUGUUCUUGUGGCUGUGUUUGGUCCUGCUCAAAAUUCACAGAGACAUGCUCUUGCCUUAAAUGCAGCAGUACAUGUUGUAUGAGCAGAUGUCUAUGUGAAUAGAGGCAAUGUCUUGUACUUCUUUCUCACCUAAUUUAUCAACUUACAAUAUAUAGUUCUACUUGAAUUUUGAAUAAUGAUUCUCAUCAUAAAUGUCUUCUAUUCUCCAGUCUCAUCACAUUUU